GCGGCGGCGGCUGCCCGGGAGAAGAUGGCGGCGGCGGCGGGUUCGGGCUCAGGCCCGGGGCGGCCGGUGGCGCGGCCUCGGCCAGGACCCUCCCGGUUCCGCGGUUGUUUAGCCGGGGCGUUGUUGGGUGACUGCCUAGGCGCCGUCUUCGAAGGUAGAAGCGUCGUGAAGCUGCCCGACCUCCUCCGCUUCCUCCGAGGCCUGGAACCGGCGCCCGGGCCGCCCGAGGAACCGGCCGGCAGCGCCCGCAGAGAAACACUUUCGUACACAGACGACACAGCCAUGAGCAGGUCAGUGGUGCAGUCCCUGCUAGCCAAGCAAGAGUUUGAUGAAGUUGAUAUGGCAAAGAGGUUUGCUGAGGAGUACAAGAAGGAACCCAACAGGGGCUAUGGGAUGGCUGUUGUCAAUGUCUUCAAGAAGCUCCUGAGCCCCAAGUGCAAUGAUGUGUUUGAACCAGCAAGAACCCAGUUUAACGGGAAAGGCUCCUAUGGCAAUGGCGGUGCCAUGAGGGUGGCAGGCAUCUCGCUCGUGUAUUCUGAUGUCCAGGAUGUUAAGAAGUUUGCGAAGCUGAGUGCUGAGUUAACCCAUUCCAACUCCCUGGGCUACAACGGGGCCAUCCUGCAGGCCCUGGCCGUGCAUCUCGCCCUGCAGGGAGAGCUCAGCAAGGAGACCUUCCUGGAGCAGCUCAUUAGCCACAUGGAAGAUGUAGAGGCAGAUGAUAAGUCUCUUACUGACGCUCGAGCGCUGGGAUUUGAGGAUUUACCGUUUUCAAGGCGUCUAAAGAAAAUAAAGGAAUUUUUGGAGCUCAGCAGUGUUCCUAAAGCAGAUGUAUUGUUUGAAUUGGGCAAUGGCAUUGCUGCUUUGCGGUCUGUCCCUACUGCAAUUUACUCUUUCUUGCGCUGUAUGGAAGCCGACCCAGACAUUCCUGAUCACUACAGCAACCUGCAGAGAACCAUCAUCUACUGUAUCUCUCUGGGUGGAGACACAGAUACCAUUGCUACCAUGGCAGGAGCCAUUGCAGGGGCUUAUUAUGGGGAGGAACAGAUUCCCGCAAGCUGGGAGCAGAGCUGUGAAGCUUUUCAAGAGACACAGAAGCUGGCAAAUAGCUUGUAUGAACUCUACUGCCAGCGGCUCUGAGCUCCAAGGGGAGUGUCUUUUCUGAAGGCGAAGCAGGUGGACACCUCUGCUUUUCUGGUCCGAAAUCUGGUGGUGGAUCCGCGCCACUGCAGACACCGGUGAGCCUCCGCCUGGGUAGGACGCCUGCUGCUGUGAGUUGAGAGCUGGAAGUACAAGCUGGUUUGGAAGAGAGGGGACAUACCCUUCAGUUACAGUUCACCUGGGAAGUGGCUGCAUGUGGCACCUUGGACAGUGGGUGCAUCUCCUCUGAAGUGUACAGGAGCAUCUAGUUUUCCAUAAGAUUUCUGCUUUUUGCUUUGUCUGCCAUUACGCCAUUCUGUCAUUACAGUUACUAGGUGGGUGUGUGAAUCCACUGACUUUCUCGCUGUUGUCCUCUACUACUGUGUGCUGCAGCCUUUGUUUCGGUUGUUAGUGCCUGUCCCGCAGUGGCUUUGUUAGGCUGCACACCCCUCGUAAACACCAGUUCACACUCGGCUGACCAGCUAAGGGAUGUAAAUGGGCAUCAUCAGAGAGGCACAUCCCUGGAGAGCCUGCAGGAUGUCCAGCAUGGUGGCAUGGGUCACCACCUGCGCGGUGGAGUGUGGAGGGUGCACCUCCCAGCGGGGUUUGCUUCCUUACAGGCAGAACGGGAGGUGCCAGAGACGGGAGAAGGGGUUUCUUUGCAUUGCUAGUAACUGCAUUUUUGUUCAGCUUUUUUGCAAUUGUGAGAAAUACCUGUGGUCACGCAGACAGAAUUCCGGUUGGCUCACUGUAACUGCUGGAAGAAGGUGUGACUGCUGCUCCUUUGGUGUGCCUUGCUCUGCCAUCCACCUGGCACCGUCAUGAUCUAUUGCAUCUUGUGUUCUCUUACACAGCUGGCUUUCACGCUGCUGCCACUACUCUAAGAUAUUCCUUUGUUCCUGGUCUGUGCAUCCUGCGUUUUUAAUGCUGCCCUAUGUAUGCCCAGAGCGCUGAGCGAGACUGGUGUUUAAAUCUGGGUGGACAUAGCUGUGAAACCAAGGAUUGAAUUCCUGAUUCUGCUGCAGUCAGUGACAAAAAUGACUCCACCAGGAAGUAGGAGUUACUUCUCACAGUUUUAAAACUCUGUACUUGGUAAGAAUCAUCAGAAAAUAAAGGGAUAGGUAGGUUAAUUGGGGGAGAAUUUAUCGAACUUUAAAAGAAUUUGUGCAUUUGAAGCUGGUACUUGUGGCCAAGGACAUUCUAGCAAAGCUGUGUUGUUCCAGAGUUUCACAUCUAAAACCUUUGCCCAGUGGAGCUGGUGAAAAAAAACAUGUAACAGCUUGGGUAUGGCAUGCCUAAAAAGGAUUGGAAGCUUGAAAUAAUUGAAACAAAAAGAAAAAGGCAAGCAGUCAUCAUAUGGAAACGCUUAUAAAUUUGAAUGUGACAAUGUAAUUCUCUAUUAUUUCUCCAGUAUUUCUUGUGACACUGGGAAGUGACUGUUCUGCUGAAGUGGAGCUCACUCCCGUUUGGUAUCAGCACAUGGUUGUUGUGUGUGUCAGGCUGCGUGCACGUGUGGAAAAUCUGGCUGCCAUAGGUCCUUCCAGUUUUCCUGUAGUCUACUUCCUUCGAGUGCCGGUCUUCUGUGUGAUGUUUUAAUGGGUUUUCCUUGUAUAAAUGAAUUCUUGUCCUGAGAACAUGAGGAAUUUUGGUCUAUUGUGUAUUUAUGUCUUGUGCUGCCGAUCUGAGAUGUAAAGGGUCAGGUUUUUCACAUCAUUCUGCCAGAGGUGUGAACAUAUUCAUGGAACUAUUUAAAAGAAGAUAUUUUUUCUUUUAAAGCAUCUUUAUAAUUUUAAAUCUUUGAAACUUGUGAAGAGCAGAAGAGCUCCCGUUUGAAAAAUACAGCUCAUUUUAGGCCAGAAUUUAAAUGUGUACUAAAACAUUUAGCUCUGACUUCCGUGGAAAGAAAUAAAAUGACUUGGUUAUCUUUGUUAAUUA